AAUUGUUGCAUAAUUAUAAAAAAUUGUGAAUAAUGCCAAUAAUUGAUUAAUCUAUCGCACCUAUAUUUCUCGCAACAAGAUGAGUAAUAUGUUAUGGAUCACAUGGUCGGCGCACUUAUCAGAUAUGGCAGAUAGGCUAUCAGGAUCGACUAUAGUAAGUGUAAAUCUACUAUAUGACUAAAUACAAUCAUUUAAUGAUAGUCUGCAUGUGAAAUCACAGUAAGAAUAUCAUGAUGCUUAAUAUUAUUACACUGUUGUUUCUAUUUUUGUGCAACCAAUGUUUAUGCGAUAUAUGUAAAACCUGUGUAUGUUUUAACUCACAAUCAAAUGCAGGACCAAUUAUUGAUUGCCAUGACAGACAUUUAGGAACUAAUGAAGUUCUUAACUUUGAUCUUUUUACUCUAGAUAAGCAUCGACCACUAAACAAACUUAUUCUUUCAAAAAACGAUAUGACGCUUCUACCCAUAAAUGAACUAAAAAAUCUGAAACAUUUAAAAAGAUUAGAUUUGUCUCAAAAUAAAUUGGAUAAUAUAAAUUCAGAUAUCCUUGAGAAUCUAAAUGAGCUUGAAGAUUUAGAUUGUUCUAACAAUUUACUCUGGGGCUUUGAUAUUUCUAUUCUCAACGUUUCUUCCCUCUUAAAACUCAAUUUGAGUCAUAAUCGCAUCAACAAUUUGGAGAAAAGCAUAGAAAAUUCAAUAACAAAGUUAAAAGUUUUUGAUGUAUCUCACAACGAUCUUGUUGAUCUGAACUUCCUCGAAGUUAUGCCGGAAUUGGAGUAUUUAAAUCUCUCCUUCAAUAAACUUAUCACUCUCCCGGUCAGUUCAUUAUUUUACAUGCAACAUUUGAAGAUUCUUCGCGUUAACAAUAAUCAACUUUUCUCCUUAAAUUUUCAAAAUCUUCCAUUGUCGUUGUUGGAACUUUAUACGGAAAACAAUCUUAUUAAUACUGUAUCAUUCCAAAAAUCAUCAAUUCAUACCUUACACAUUCAAAACAACAACAUUUCUAACAUACAUAACAAUUUAACAUUACUGGAGGAAUUAAAAAAUUUAAACAUCAGUACGAAUUUCUUAUCAGACUUUCCGGAUGUUUUUCUAAAUAGUUUAGAAACGCUAGAUGUAUCCUUCAAUUAUUUAACAAUAAUCCCUGAAACCAUUUCUGUUAAAAAUUUUCCAAGUUUAAGAAUAUUAAAAGUCAAUGGAAACCAACUAAAAGAUAUAAAAAUUCGAUCUGAAUUGAAUUUGGAAAUAUUUGAAAUGAAAUUUAUAAACACGAUUGAGAAGAUUGACGAAGACACAUUUCUAAUGUUAAAGGAAAAGAGAAAUGAUUGUAUUAAUUUAAUUAUUUCGAGCAAUACCAAGUUGAAUAUAAUUGAGGAAAACGUUUUUCAACAUAUGAAUAUUUGCUCUCUAGAUUUGAGCAAUAAUAAUUUUACUUACUUAUCAUCAAAGCUAUUCAAUAUAAACGAUUUUAUUUAUAACAAAAACAUUUCAAAUUUAAAAUAUCUCAUUAAUCUGCAAGGAAAUCCAUUUAUUUGCAAUUGCUCAUUGCAAUGGAUGUUGAACGAAUUAGUUCCAAAACUUUACAUUAUGAACCGCAGUCUUCUAGAAGAGUUGAGAUGUGCUGCUCCACCUCCAUUAGCCAACAAAAGGAUGAUCCAUUGGUACAAAUGGAAAGCAGAAAUCUUUUGCGAUGAAUUUCCACAUUUUGCUGAAAGUAUGACCGUUAAUAUUGCAAGUAUUUCUAGCAAACAGGUUGUGACAUUCAAACCUGGUCCUGGAAUGAUUGCUGUUCUGGCUACAGUAAUCGCUCUGCUUUCAAUUCUAUUGAUAAUCGGCAUUCUAUUGAUUCGAAGAAUGAACGCAAAGAGAAGACGAAUCAAUCGUAGAUUUUAAAUCUUUUUAUUCUUAUAAAAAACAGAAGACUGUUAUUGGGAAAAAAUAUAAAACAUAUUUUUAUUAUAUUCUUAAGCACAAUUUAUAUAAUAUGCAAUUCUUGCAGUUCUUCUUGCAAAAAUUGCAUAGAUUAGUCAUUAUUUAUAAUUAUUUUUAAUUUUUUACUAUAGUACUUAUUGUAACAGGAACGGUCUGCAAUAAUAUGUAUAAUAAUAAUAAUAAUAAUACAAUCUAAUAAUAUUGAUAUUUAUAGGAAGAAAUAUAUCAAAAAUUUUAUCUUCACAGACACAUGCAUACUUUGGUCACAAAACUCAAAACUUACUUUAAAUAAACUUAUGUUUUAUAAUAUUCUCAUCACAUACUUUUAAAAUGUG